AGGCAGUACAAGGAACAUCCGGGUCCCUCAGGUUCUUGCUUGGCGACCCGUCGCCAUUAGUGCAAGCUCGUCGGUUCGGGUAUAUUUUUUUGGUCACAACCUUUAAAUUGUCACGUUUUCCAGCUUUUGGGAAACAUUUAACGCCUUGUUGGGGGCGCAGUGUUUUCCGUGACGAGUAAAACCGUGAAAUUCGGGGGUCUUGGCCCCGCGUGGCGAGCUCUCGUCCUCUCUUCCAGCAGCCUGCACAACUUGAGACGCCGAAAUCGUGUCUCUUAUUUUUUCUCGGGUUUGUUUAGUUGUCAAGAUGUCGCCGUGAUGGGGUCCCCGCGUUUGACAGAAAUGAAUCAGGGCCUUCGUCGCCUGACCCGCACUCACCGCAGCUCGCUUUCCUCCUCCGUCUUUCUGUUCGACACUAGAGAGCUCGGCGGCUCUCUGCCCGGAGCUCGGCCUCUACACCGCUCACUGCACGGAGACAGACAUGGAGAAAAACCCCAACAGCAGCACCAGCACCAAGGUUCCGCCCCGUUCCAGCUCCACAGGCCCCGCACCGGGCGAAACUAAAGCCAAAACAGAAGGUAAAAAUAAUGGAGGCUCCAAGCGCUACAGCCGCAAGCGUGAGCCCUCCUUUCCUAAACCCGACCCUUUCCCAGGCCCUCGCCGCACCAAUUCACAGAAAAGCAAGAAUUUUGACAAGAGACCCUCUCAGAGAGGCGGACGACAGUAUGGAGUUACAGGUGGAGGACGACGUGAGGAGGUAGCAGAGACGCGCCGGGCCGAGUUUAGCCCGGCUCAGUUCGCUGGACCCAAGAAAAUAAGCCUGAACCACCUGCUGAACUUCACCUUUGAACCCCGUGGAGGUAACGGUGGCGUCGGAGACGGAGGCCCCUCCUGUUGGGGCCGUCGAAACAAAUGGGGCCACAAGCACAAGCCCUUCAACAAGGAGCUUUUUCUGCAGGCCAACUGCCAGUUCGUGGUGACUGAUGACCAGGACUACAAGGCUCACUUCACUGACCCGGACACUCUGGUCAACUGGGACUGUGUGCAGCAAGUGCGCAUCUACAGUCACGAGGUGCCGUCCUGCCCCAUCUGCCUGUACCCUCCUGUGGCAGCCCGCAUCACCCGCUGUGGACACAUCUUCUGCUGGCCGUGCAUGCUGCACUACUUGUCUCUGAGUGACAAGAGCUGGUCCAAGUGUCCCAUCUGCUACGAGGCCGUUCACACCGCCGACCUGAAGAGCGUGGUUGCUAUGGAGACCAGGCAGUAUGUGGUGGGUGAUGUAAUCACCAUGCGCCUGAUGCGGAGGGAAAAGGGGGCUCUGGUGGCCAUGCCGAGCUCUCAGUGGGUGAAGGUGGAGGAGCCUGUUCGCUUUGGAGAUCCACAUCUCAGCCCGUACUCCAAGCUGCUGCUGACCUCGCCGGCGCAGGCCCUGAGCCUGGUGGCCGAGGAGAAGGCCGUCCUGCAGGCUCAGUUCAGCCAGGAAGAGGACGCCCAGGGCUGCUUCAUCCAGAGCGCCCUCUGCCUUCUGCAGGAACGAGAGGAAUCGCUGUUGAAGCAGCAGAAGGCAAAUGCAGUAGACGCCCUCGACUUGUCCUCUCUGGCUCUGGAAGAACCUCCUUCUCCCGUGGAGGAAGUCCUCACCAACAUCAGCAGCAACAAGCCUGUGCUGCAGUACUCCUCUGCGUUUGAUGACGAGGUGGAGCAGGUCCCAGACCAGGACUCCCCUGAAGACGUGUUGGACUGCGUGCUGGAGGAGCCUCCAGAGGCUGUGAUGGAUGCAGCCCCGGAGCCCCAGCCCGACGAGGAGGAGAUCCCCGCCUGCCCGGCAGAGUCCGGCCGCCCCUCCACCGGCGUGGUGCACGGACCUUAUUACUAUUUCUACCAAGCCGAUGACUGCCAGCAGAUGUUCCUGCAUCCUGUGAAUGUACGCUGCCUGCUGCGCGAAUAUGGCAGCCUGGAGGCCAGUCCGAACUCCAUCACCGCCACGGUGGUGGAGAUAGUGGGACACACGGUGACUGAGGAGAUCCGGCGUCGGCAUCGUUACUUGGCUCAUCUGCCUCUCACGUGCGAGUUCAGCAUCUGUGAGUUGGCCCUGCAGCCGCCGAUCCUGUCCAAGGAGACUCUGGACACAUUCGCAGAUGACUUGGAGAAGAGAAAACGUCUGAGGCAGAAGAAGAUGAGAGAUGAGAAGCGCAGAGAGAAGAGAAUUGAAAUGGAGGAGAACAAGAAGCAGGGUAAAUAUCCUGAGGUGCAUAUCGGAUUAGAGAACCUUCAGCAUUUCCCGGCAUUCGGGUCUCCGCCGCACAGCAGCGGCUUCCACGUUCAGCCCGACUUCACAUUGGCCCCGCCUUCGCCCCUGAGCAGCAGUCCUUCCUCUGAUGGGAUGAGGUUCCCGAGUCUGAACGGGCAAAGCUCCUCCCCCACUGUGGGCAGUGUGGAGGACGACUCCCACUGCAUGUCCUUUGCACAGAUGCUGAGAGAUGGGAAGGCCAGAGCUGAUGCUGGGCCCAGGAUCGCUCCAAAGAAAGAUAAGCUGCUCGCUCCGCCAGCAGCAGACAGCGACGGAGAGAGCGACGGCUCAGACCGGGUCCCGGUGCCCAGCUUCCAGAACUCCUUCAGCCAGGCCAUCGAGAAGGCCCUCCUGCAGCUGGACAGCAGUGCAGCUUCUCCUCCGCAGCCUGUUGUUGAGCCAGAUGAGAAAGGAGGGAAGAAGAAAAAGAAGAAGCAGAAGCUUCUCUUCAGCACUUCCAUGGUUCACACAAAGUAGACGACACUGAAGUUCAUUUGAUCAGCUUGAUUCUUGAGUUGAUGUCCCCACUGCUUGCGUUUUAACUUCCAUGCAGAUCUUUCUUGGAUCUAUAAGCUAUUAAAAUAGGGUUUAGUUUGUAGCCACAGCUGCCGUUAGUCUUUGUUCUGUGGGUUUGAUGGCCUGCCGCCUCUUCAAGCUUUGCAGCCGCCUAAGAGAAGCGAGGACUGUAACCAGCGUCUGGCUUGUUCAUCCUUCAUGGCUUCACAUACCAUCACAGGUGGUCUGAUGACAGCUUUCCAUCCAGAAUCCGUGAGUCCGAUGGAUAAGAUGCAUCCGCGGUGCUUCAUGUCAGAGUAGCAGUCGGCCAGCUGCGUUACUCGAUGCUCUGACUUCAGUUUGAAUCUUCAUCUCAUAUCAGAUUUUCUUUCAGCGCUUGUCACAGGUAAUGAUUUGGCUUCGCGUUUCUUCACCCUUGAGCAGGACACAUUGUUGGAGAUAUGUAUCUAUAUAUUAUUUUGUAACAGCAGUAUGAGUACAUGAUGUCCUGACAGCAUUGUGAGGAAGUGAGAACAGUAUUGUAUUGAGGUCUGUUGGUUCAGCAGGACUCUGGUGUAUUCUGACAGGUUAUGAACACACACUUUCCUCUCAUUCAGUUUCUCCUCUGUGUCAUCCUCUGCUCUUCACUAACCUUCGUCAUUACCCCCCAGUUUGAAUUCAGUGUUGACAGUGUGUGAAGAAAAGUUGCUGAUGUGUAAGGAAUGUUUGUGAAAGCUAAAGAAAAGUGGAUUUGGUUUUGUUGGAGGGUUCUUGAAUUCACCUUUAAUUUUGAGCAAGUUCAUAGACUAGUGAACAUAACUAGUCUGUUGAAAUGAAUAAACAAUUAUGCACAAUCAAA